UGGGUACCGAAACCCGGUGCCAGUAUGGCAUCGGUGCCUAUAUGGGCGGUACCUACCGGACCGAAUCAGAACGCAGAUUUCGGUGCCUCAUUUCGGUGCCUCUGAAAUGCCUGAACGGUCAACUGAAAUAGUUUGCUCUCCGUGGCGCAGAAAUCAUAAUCACACCAGCACCGCACAUGAUCGCUAGUUAAAUUAUGUACUUAUUAUUAAUACUGCCUUCAUAUUGUGUAAAUAAUUAUAAUAAACACAAAUUGUUAUUAUUAGGCUAUAUUAUUGGCUAUUGUGAAAAUAAUUUCCUCACUUAUAUAAAUUCACGCGAAAGUCGGAAAGCUUUGAUAGUACAAAGGACGGGGUUAAUAAUAAAGAUUUCAUUUGUUUGCCUAAUUUAAUUUAGAUUUUAUAUUGUUGUAGUUUUAUUAAAAAUAAUAAUAAAUAGCUGUCAGGGACAGGGUACUGUGUGUUGUCGUGCUGUGACAACCAUAAGCCAGUCAUUUUGUUUUGAAAAAUAAAAAAAUCUUUAGAAGGCGGAUACAAUGUUAUUAUCAGUCUAUCCGUUUUGCUAAACUUUGUGUUUAAUAUAAGAGUAAUAAUUUACCUAAUUUAUUGUUGGUUUGUUUCAAUUUUAAAAUAAUACAUUUUUUAAAUAAUAUAAGCAUUUAUAUUUGUGGAAAAUUACAUCUGAUUUUGAACGUCUUUGUCAAAUAUAUUUUCUUUUAAAAUGUGCGGUGUGUUUAAGAAGUUUAAAGGGUAAAAAAAAUUUUUACCUGCACUGCUGCACAUCCCUAAUAAAUAACACAAAUCCAACACAUCUUUGUAUGAACGUAAGUGUCCAUUUUAUUAUUUUUUUGACUUAAAAGCACAAUUCGGAAAAUAACAUCCGUAAAUGCGCUAUCACGCUCUGACGCAUCCGACAGCAUCCGACAGCAGGUGUUUACAGUACCUUAUGUACCUAAAAUGCCUAAAGCAAAGCGUUCCAAAGUGUGGCUUUAUUACACAAAAAAUGAUUCAGAAACCGCAACGUGCAAUAAAUGUCUCUCAAAAACCGCUUGUAAAAGAGGAAACACGUCGAACUUAAUGAAACAUUUAAGAACGCAUGGAAUAAACCUGAAAGCGGAGGAAUGCACCGUCUUUGACUGCCUUCAGACGUCAGCUGACAGUUUGGAAGUCCCUGGCCCCAGUCAGCCCCAUCCUAGCAAUGUGGGGACAAUUGAUUGUGACAACGAUGACAGUAGCCUUUCUGCAGCUAGUACUAGUAGUAUGGUGGUGACCCCAUUCACCUUGGCAAAAAAGGCUAUUUUACCAAAGGAGAAGGUGGAGGAGUUUCACAGGGCUGUGACCAAAUUUGUGGUCAAGGGACUGCAUUCUUUUUCCACUGUGGAAUCUCCAUGGUUUAGAGAGAUGGUCACUGCCCUUAAUCCUCGCUACCGACCCCCAUCCAGGGAUGAACUGUCCAACACUCUAAUUCCUGCAUGGUAUAAUGUUGAGAAACAAAAUGUUAUUCAGGAGUUAGCACAAGUCAGUAAGGCUGCAAUAACAUGUGAUGGUUGGACCAGUGUGGCACAGGAUCACUAUUUAACAGUUACUGUGCACUACACCAGCAAUGGCCAAAUUAAGCAGAAAGUGCUAAACACCAAAGCUGUGUAUGAGUCACAGACAGGUCUCAUUGUGGCAGAAGAAAUAAAAAGCAUUCUAGAGGAAUUCCAGAUAAACAACAAAGUUGUAGCUGCCACAGUAGACAACGCCAGCAAUAUGGAUGUUGCACUUAAAAACAUGAAGCUUUUAAAGGUGGGGUGCUUUGCCCAUACCCUCAACCUGGCAGCACAGAAAGUGUAUAGUAUCAGCACCAUUACAAGGUGGUGUGCGAAACUUCGAGCUGUAGUGGUGUGGCUGAAGAGAUCCUCCAUGACGAAGACUGUCAUGCGGGAGAAACAGCAGCUUCUGAAUUUGCCAGAACACAAUAUGAUUCUAGAUGUCAGAACACGCUGGAACUCCCUUUUCCUGAUGGUGGAGAGAUUUCUGGAGCAGUACCCAGCCAUCCAGGCAGCAUCACUUGAUCCACGACUGAGGAAGCCAAUGGAGAAAGACAAACUUGAAAGGCUCACAGAUGAAGACUUCCAAAAAGCUGAGGAUUUUAUUAAAGUAAUGAAGCUGUUGUACACCUCAACCCUCUGUGUUUCCAGUGAAAAGUCCCCCACAUGUGGCCAGAUUCUUCCAAUACUUACUAAACUAAAGGCACAUUUCACUGUGGCUGAAGAGGACACACUGUUUACCAGUGCUUUGAAAGCAAAGGUCUGGGAAGAUUUGGAAAAACGAUAUCAGGAUGAGGACAUUCAGAACUUUCUUCAGGAGGCUACUUUGAUGGAUCCUCGCUUCAAAGGCAAACUUGAAUGUGCUGCUGAUGCUGCCUGGGGCCGCCUGGAGAAAGCAGCAGUUUGCAAUUUAAAUGUACAAAUGGAGAGCCUUCAGAACAUUGAUGAAGAAGGAUCAGAUGACCCAGAUGAAAAGAAAGCUGAGGAACAUUCUCCAUCUCACAAGAAGCGGGCCAAGAAGUCAGCCCUAGAAGAGUUGUUUGAGGAUGAAGACCAAGAGCUACUUCAGGCAAUGACCACUAAAAAAGGUGCCCUCUCCAAAGCUGAACAGGUCCAGAAAGAGAUUGAGAUCUACAGAGGUCUGUCUUCAAUUCCAUCUGGACAAGACCCUGUAGCCUGGUGGUGGGGGAAGCGGGACAGCCUCCCCAUACUGUCUGCACUAUCUAACACAUACCUGUGUGUACAGGCCUCAUCUACACCAUCUGAGAGGGUUUUCUCCUGUGCAGGACAUGCAAUAAGUCAGGAGAGGUGCCGUAUUUUGCCAGAGAAAGCAAAUAUGGUCAUAUUUCUUCAAAAGAAUUGCUGAAUAUUGGCGUUAUUGUUAUUAUUAGUUCUACAGCUGUUAUUUAGUGUUAUGUGGUGUUAGUGUUAAAUUAUUGCUGAGGCUUUUGGUAAAUUUGUUAUGUUAAGUUGUUGUGUUUUGUAAUUACUUACAUUUGUAUAUUUGUGUGCUUUUAAUAUAUUUUUUAAUUUAAAGAAAUUGUAUUCUUCAAUAAAAAGCAGUUCUUUCAUCCACAGGUGUUUUGUGACCUUUUUUUCCCUCUUCAAAGUACCGCUUUAGGCACCGUUUAGGCACCGGAACCGUUUUAAAAGUAUCGAUUUGGCACCGGUACCGCAAAAAACCCAAACAAUACCCAUCCCUAAUUAU